AAAAAAAAAAAUCAUCAGUUGCGCGGUGUCCCUCCCCUUUCUAGUUUCUAGUUUCUAGUUUCUUCAACCUCUCGCCACUCGCCAGUGAGUUUCUUUUAUUUCCAUUUUCUAGCAAUUUCAAUCCAGUAACCUUCGCUUCAUUCUCGAAGCUAGGUUUUUUACACUUCCUCCUUGUCUUAUUUCCUCUUAUAUCGCCACUACCUUAAUUCCAGGUGCAUUCUUACUCGAUUUUCACCCAAUUACUUAACGUUUUUUAUACUCAAAAAUUCCAAAUUUUAACAAUAACCAAUUCAUAUAGUUUCAGAAAAAUGUCCAAUCAAGAAAAAUUAAGUUCUGGGUAAUGUCAAAUUUGAUUUCUUUCGGCGGAAAAGUUUUGGUUUGUUCGUAUUGGAAUCAAGCACACCAUCUGUUCGAUGAAAUGACAGUAGCUCUGUUCUGUUAAGUUUGAUGGUAUUAGUGUUAAAAAUGAAAAGGGUAUAUCUUGAAAUUUUGAGGUAGUGGAAUUUCUCUGGGAUGAGUAGACCCUUACUAGCAAAACAUGUAGCAGCUGUGAUGAAACAUCAGAAAGAUCCUAUGAAGGCGCUCGAAACGUUCAAAUCAGUUAAGAAUGAGGAGGGAUUCAAGCAUAAUUUGUUGACAUAUAAAUGCAUUAUAGAUAAGCUUGGUUCACAUGGGAAAUUCGAAGCUAUGGAGUCUUUGUUAUCGGAUAUGAGAAGGGAUAUCAAUAGUGGUGUUGUUGAGGGAGUGUACAUUGGGGCUAUGAGGAAUUAUGGGAAGAAAGGGAAGCUUCAGGAGGCGGUUGAUGUGUUUGAGAAGAUGGAUUUUUACGAAUGUGAGCCGUCAGUCAUGUCCUACAAUGCGAUCAUGAAUAUCCUGAUUGAACAUGGUCACUUCAAUCAAGCACAUAAAGUUUAUUUGAGGUUAAGAGAUAAAGGGAUAUGUCCUGAUGUAUACACCUAUACAAUCAGGAUUAAGUAUUUUUGUAGAACUGAGAAGUUAAAUGCUGCUUUGAGACUUCUUAAGAACAUGCCUUCUCAUGGGUGCGAUGCCAAUGCAGUUGCAUACUGUACCCUAAUAGGUGGUCUUUAUGAACAGGAAUAUGAAGUUGAAGCAUCAAAGUUGUUCUGUCAGAUGCUUAGCCAUGAAAUUUGCCCUGAUAUAUUUACAUUUAACAAGCUGAUACAUGUGCUCUGCAGGAAGGGGGGUGUCCUAGAAAGUCAAAAACUUUUAACUAAGGUUUUCAAGAGGGGGACUUCACCAAAUUUAUUUACAUUCAACAUUUUUAUUGAAGGCUUUUGUGAGAAUAAUUUAGUUAAUGAGGCUUCUGGCUUACUAGAUAGCAUGAAAACUGAGGGUUUUACUCCAGAUGUGGUGACAUACAACUUACUCAUACGUGGACUUUGUAAGAAUUCUGGGGCUGUUGAGGCUGAGGACUACCUGCAUCAAAUGAUAAAUAAAGGGUUUGAUCCAGAUGCUUUCACAUACAACUCCAUCAUUGAUGCUUACUGCAAACUAGGCAAGGUACAAAGUGCAGAGAUGGUACUCCGUAAUGCGAAAUUCAGAGGCUUUACACCCGAUGAGUAUACAUAUUGCUCUUUAAUUGAUGGCUUAUGCAAGAAUGGUGAUGUUGAGAGGGCCAUGCUCAUAUUUAGUGAGGCAGAGAUGAAAGGAUUGAAGGCUAAAAUUAUUGUGUACAAUACGUUGAUUAAAGGCUUAUCUCAGCAGGGAAUGAUUCUUGAAGCCUUACAGAUGAUAAAUGAUAUGGCACGAGCUGGUUGCUCCCCCAAUAUAUGGACAUAUAACACAGUUAUAAAUGGACUAUGCAAAAUGGGUUGCUUGUCUGAUGCGAAUAACCUGGUAGAUGAUGCUAUAGCAAGAGGAUGUUUACCUGACAUUUUCACCUUUAAUACACUAAUUGACGGGUAUUGCAAACAGCUGAAGUUGGAUACAGCAAUCGAACUUAUAGAUAAAAUGUGGGAUCAUGGUGUUACUCCAGACGUGAUUACAUACAAUACUCUGUUGGAUGGGCUCUGCAAGGCUGCAAAAUUUGAAGCUGUUAAGGGAACUUUUGAAACAAUGGUGGAGAAAGGUUGCAGUCCUAACCUUAUUACAUACAAUAUACUUAUAGACAGCUUCUGUAGUGCUCAAAAACUAGAUGAAGCGUUAGAGUUGCUGGCGGAGUUGAGGUGCAAGGGUCUGACACCGGAUCUUGUAGUUCUUGGCACAUUGAUAAAUGGAUAUUGUAAGAAGGGUGAUUUGGAUGGAGCUUACCAGCUGUUUAGAAAGAUCUACCAAGAAUACGGACUUUCACAUACGACAGCAACAUACAACAUUGUGAUCAAUGCAUGUGGUGAAAGACUGAACAUGGACAUGGCUCACAGGCUUUUUCAUGAGAUGAUUGAGAAGGGCUGCCCUCCAGAUAGUUACACUUACUGUGCAUUAGUAUAUGGAUUUUGCAAAGCGGGUAAUGAAAUUGCCGGCUAUAAAUUCCUCCUGGAGAAAAUAGAGAAGGGAUUUAAGCCCUCUCUAGCAAUUUGUGGAAGAGUACUCAAUUGUCUUUGCUUGAAACAAAAGAUCCAUGAAGCUGUUAAAAUUAUCCAUGUUAUGGUGCAUGAAGGUAUUGUUCCAGAAGUUGUGGAGGGUAUUUUCAGUUCUACGAAAAGGGAGAUAGCAGCCCCAAAGAUUAUUGUGGAGGACUUGCUAAAGAGGAGCUACAUAACUUACCAUGCAUAUGAACUCCUAUAUGAUGGUGUUCGAGAUAAAAAACUAUUAAGGAAAAUUCUUCCAUGAAGGUUUCGAAUUAUCUUCCAGCAGAACAUUCCUGAGAAUUUGAUAUGAUCAUGUGAUAAUUGCACUAGGAAUCUACCCACAAGUAUCCUUCUGAUUCUGGGUGACAAAAACUAUUUUUCAAAGAUAGUGUAAUGCAGACUUUUUGUUAUCAAAUUAGGUCAUCCCUUACCUGUGGUUGCCAUGCUUGUAUCUUCAUAUUCCAAAAAUCUUGGCUGACUGUUGUUUCCUGGUACGAAGGUCUUGUAAUUGGUUGACUGUUGUUUCCUUGGAGGAGCUACUGUUUACUUUGUCUAUCAUAAAAGGAUCUCCUUGUUGGUUGGAAGCAGCUGUUCAAAUAGGUAUAUAUCAACCAUGAACCCAUUUAUCCAUUCCCUUCUAGAAUAUGUAUUUCUUGUCAGUUAAAUGAAAAUGUGAGCAGUGUUGGACCUGGUUGCCAAUUUGUCAAAAUGUGGAUCCUUAGAGAUGCUUCCCAGAUUCGCGUAAUCGCUUUCAUAAUUAGGCUGUAUGGAGCCAAAAACUAAUGCUGUAUCAAACAAUCUGUCCGUUCCUAAGAAUUGCAUUCUGUUUACAUGAGGAGGCAAAUGCAAGCGCUCAUAUUGGAAGAGCGCUUGAUCAUCAUGGGUUAAAUCCCAAUACUUUGCAGCAGCAUGACAAGAAUGACAACAUAGCAAAUUCAAGCAUUCAAAUUUGUUUUUGCAGCCUGAGCAGAUGCAGGGAUGCCAGAAGGUGAAGCUCGUAAGUCAUAUCUAUCUGCAUAGAAAAAUGCAUUUUCUUUUAUCAAACUAAGACAUGUUAAUUGUAUGCUGCUAUCACUAGGCAUUGGGUAAAAUAGCUGAAUACUGCUGCUUUCCUUACUUCAGGAAUCAGGAGCCCUUGUUACAUGCAAAACACUUAAAAUUAAAUCCUUAAUCCAAGAAAAUAAAAGUUCCUCUGAUAGUUACCUAUCUGAAAGAGUGAAAGACAUUGCAAGAUUUCUUUUGAGAAAAGAUAACAAAGUGAUCGAUCUAAAAUGUCAACAUUGCAUUAUACUUUACCAAACCCUCAGGAGAAGGCUGAACUAUAGAGACAUAGGAAGCUUUCUAUAGGACUAGUUUGAACUUGUAUCCAUACGUAAACUCUAAAAAUGGGAAGAAGAUUUCUAAUUAUAUUUCACAAAUACAAUAUACUUUGUGGAAUGGAGCCACGGAGGGAGUACAAGCCUACCAGGGUAGACCAGUAAUAAAACAUGCAUAUAACAAGCAGCUUGUCAUGAGAAUCUGUAGUAAAAUCACAUCUAAUUUAGUCAUAUUUUUAGGGUCUAGGGAAGUGAUCAAUUUGGAAAGUAGUAACUUCUUUUCUGUGGCAUCAUGGCAUGUUCAUAGAGUUACACAGAGGGACAACAUAGGUUGCAUGCAAAUGAGAAAAAAGAAAUAUAAAUACAGAAGUGACAGAACACCCUCGGGGGGGCAAGGGGGGAUUCAUAACAAACCUAGGAAACGAGAAAAACGAAAUAUAAACACAUAAGCAACAGACCCCUCCGGUGGGGGGGGGGGGGGCAGGUUUUCAUAACAUUACAACAAUGGGGCAAUAGUACUAGUGUACUUGGUACUGGAAGAAGUUAAAGGAAGAUGCUGUAAACAAAAGUGAACACAAACUAUUGUGGGAAAACUUUCCUCUAGCCAAAAAUCUGUCAACAAGCUUCAAGUUUUCUGAAGUUUUCACGUGCCAGAAAUUGAAACGUUAAUCCUAAAUAGAUUUUCCAUGGAUAAUCAGUUGCAAACGUACUGAUUACUGAUAGAUUAUGUAAUUAGUUAAUUACUCUUAGUAGUUAUGUUUAGCUUAUAUUCUUGUGUGUACGGAAUAUUAUUUUAGGAAUUAUCCUUAUACACAAUAUAGACCCUUUGUAUUACUGAAAUCCUGAGGGAUAAUUAUCUCCUUCAAAUGCAACUUGUUUAUAUUCACUAAAAAAUGAUUUGAAAAACUGAUGUGAGUAUGUGACUACUCUGUAUUUUAUGGUGGCAACUGAAAACCCGAUAAAACCAUAGACUUUAAGCUCAGUUUUUCGCGAGUUGCCAAAAUCAUUACCUUUUUGACUAAAAACAUCAAGUUAUGAUUUGAACAUGAAAAACCUUUAACUUUUCAUAUAGAUAGAUAAUUCGACUUUAAUUGAGGAGGGAGAUAUUUUUUAUUUAUUUCUGCGGUUGAUUUAAUGAAAUUUCUCCCAUUAAAAUUCUCUUUUUCUGUAAAAUUCCACACGUUUGAAAUGUCCAUUGGACUACUUUAUGUUAGUUGGACGACUUGAAGAUAUGCUUUUCCACACAUCAAAUAAAGACAGACUUUACUUUUUAAGUUCCCAUUCAAUUAUUUCCACCCUUAAUUUCACUCAAACAAGUUCAUUUUCAAAUGUAGAUUCUUUGCUUCGUCAAAGUUUGCUAUAUUGUAGUCAUGAGAUGCUUCUUAAAUUGAGAAGAAUACGAAGAAUGUUUUUGUUCUUGUUUUAACUUGGAAGUAAAAGUUACUUCACCCGUAUAAUGCACGUUUUCUACUUAAUAAAAUUGGUCAUAUAUUUUGUGUACUAAAGGGGAGGGAAAAUGAAAAGUAAAUUUUUGAAACAAUGAAACAUGAUGAACCAAAAAAAAUAAAAAUAAAAAGUCAAUGAUGGCAUCCAUGAAUACAAAUAUAAAUGUUAUUCACCCAAUAAUUUGAUGCAUUAUUCAAUCCCCAAAACUACUUAUUAUUAUAUGUUUAACAUUUACAAACAUAAUUAAUAUACAAAAUUAAGGAACUAUAAUACUAUAUACUAAUUUGAUGAGCUAUCAAUUGUUUAGAAACAGAGGACUAGGGAAUGAGGAGAGUAAUAAUUUUUCUCCAGCCGAAUGUUAGCGUUACGGAUACGCUGAUGUUUUUGGAAUUUGAGACGUUCGGAACAAUUACAAGAGUCUAUCAAGGAGCUGAAUGCCUGAAUUCAUUGAUAUCUUCCCACUGGUCUACAAAUAUGAGUAGAGUAAGGUUACCGCUAGAAACCAUAGACUAGAGAGUCAGCUUAGAAGAAUGCAUUAUUGGAAUUUCACCUAAAAGUUUUACGGCACAACCAUUUAGGUGGGGGUUCGAUCUAUUCAUGUAAUACACCCAAUUUUGUACCAUCCCUAUUGAAAAGUUUAACCAUAUCUUUGGUUGACAAUCUUGACAUUGACAUUUACACCAACCAAUUAUUCAUCUUCUAUUUUUUUUACGGAGUAUUUGUCUUUUUUUUAAAAAAAAAAACUAAUUUCAAGUUUAGUGUUCCAAAUUAUGGAUUAUCAUAGUUUUUUUCUCAAAACCAAAAAAAAAAGGAUUAUCAAUGAUACCUUUCGAGCCAAGUGAUUUAUUAAUUACAAUGACUAGGUAAAGAUAAUUGUCUUACGAGUUUGAAUCUUCUGUACCAUAAAUUGUGGGAAACAAAGUGGGAACAGAGAGUAAAAAAGAGUGAGGGGGUUAUUUUUCCAUCCAAGCACGCAUUAGCGGCCCUUCCUUGGCCAUUUCGCCACCUUUGUUGGGUAUGUACAUAGUUCAAAGACAAUCAAUACCUUACUGUAAUUAGUGAAUUUGGGGGUUGAAUGGGUCAUCCUCCCAAGCUAGUUGUGAAGGAACUAACACCACAAAGCAUGGGGAUUAGCUAUAAUGAUUAAAUUGGAGUCAAAAGUUGUGAAGGUAUAAACACAAUCUAGGAAUUUGAUUUUUUUUUCUUCCCUAGUACUUCUUUAACUUAUAAAAAUGUAACACUUGAAAUUUACAAUUAGCUAAAGAUAAUAAAGCCAACCUUCUUGUGGAGGAAUAAAUGUGAAAAACAACAAUUUAAAUUUUCUUUAGUAGGUGAGGAAUUUCAUUGAAGUUUGAUCUUUCCCUAAGAAUAACAUGCCCUCUCUCUUAGGAAACGAACAUGUCUAUUUGACUAUUAGCUUUUUAAAUCUAACAAUCGUACUACUCCCGUUUUAUAAUGAUCUUUAUAUUUUCCUUCUAAUCCGUCUCAUAGUGUUCUUUACAUUAUGUUCCACACAGUACUAUUUUUGGACAUGAAUAUUUGUUAUCGUAUCCCUCUUAUCUCACAACAUUUACACAUUUCCAUCCACUUUCUCUUUAUUCAUUUUUCUUUUUAAUGUUCACCCACCUUUUUUACACUCUUUCUCUCUUAUUUUAUCCAUAUUUCAUUAUACUUGCCCACCUAACACACUCUCUCUUUUGUCUUAACAUUUAUGCAAAUAGUACUCGUAAAUAUCACUAUGAAAUGGAGCUUAUAUGAUACUACGAGUAUAACUUUGGACCCACUAAAAGAAAGUUUGAGCUUUAAUUUGUCGGAGGCAUAAUGAACUUCCCAAUUAAGUCAUUUCAUCAUCCCUUUGUCUGUUUUUCUACUGAUAAUUUUAUCAAUCAUCAAUUACAAAGUUGGUUUUGGGUGUACACUUGGUAUAUGUGCAAUUAUUACCUCUUUAAUCCCUUCUUCAACAUGGCUUACUGGAAGUAGUGUUCUCAAUCAUGAAGACAUAAAUUUUAUUCCUGCAAUGCUCGGACUCCCACCAUACUGUGUCCGUGUGUCGACACAACACAACACAACACAACACAUCCCGGGAUUUUAAGGGUCCGACACUUUGAUCCCUAUCCGAGUCCGGCUUUUAUUUUUACCUAAAUCAAGUUCACUAAAUUAAUACUACUAUUAAGUUGUAAUCACCCAAUAUUAUCCAAAAUUCUUUCAUAAUAUCACUUCUUUAUGGCUUUUUGCUAGUGUUGACCUUAUCGCUGCCUGCAACAAGCUUUUAACCCCUUCCUUCAAAGCAACCAUGUUUAAAAACUAAUCCCUUUUUUUUAUAUUGCCCCAUAAAACAAAUUUCGCUUGAUUAAGGCUUAGGUGUAAAUUAUACACAAGGGUUGGUAAAGUACGCUCAUGAGAAGAGAGGUAGAGAGAGAGAAAGUAGGAAAACUUACCAUUUAAAGUAUUGGGUAAACUUAAGGGGCACCUCAAAAAAUACAGGAUAAUAAAAAAGGACCGAGGUAGUAAUACACAGUAUGGUGUUGAUUAUUGUGUAUUGGCUAUAGUGGGAGAAUAGAGAGAAGUGAGGGUGAGGAUACUAAAGAAAGUGCAUGUUCAAGGAUGACAUGAAGUAAUUCUACAUUUUCCCUCCUAUCUCCGUGCUUUAAUGUUUUUCCCAAUUUUCUUUCUGAUUUGUCUCUUUAAGUACGUAUUCUGUAAUAAUAUACCAAUCACCUUGCCUGUUUAUUAGCUCACACGGGUCCUGACUUACUAGAUCAUGAUGAAAGUUUAUAAAAUUUGGCUUUGUCCGGAGCCUUAUAUCAUUAGCUCACACGGGUCCUGACCUACUAAUAUCAUCAUCUCGUCUGAGAGUGACGAGUUAUUGUCAAAAACAAAAUAAAGAAGAUGGAUCAACAACUUUUUGAAACAAACUGAAAUAGAAAGUGUUUAACAUAUUCAAGGUUAAUGAAAAUUCCAAAAAUCUGGCUAUUUUUUCUAAAAGAAAAUGAAGUACUUAUUUCUUAUUUGACACCAGAAUUUGUCUACUAAAAGCUUAUUGGGAGAGGCUCCUCCUCUUGUAAUUUAACUCCGUUUCAAUUGGUUGGAAAGUUGGAAACCAAUAAUCAUCCGACUCUUUUAACCCCACAAAAAGGCUAUAUCCACUUGUAUGUAUUUUGUUUCGGACAGCAAUUAGCAUAGUAAACAAUAUUAUUUCCCUUAACAAUCCAAUUGUUAGUAGGAAAACGAUAUUAUACAACCUUAAGGGCUAUACUUUGUAUAUUAUAAGUUAAAAAAAAACAUUAACUUAUAGGUAGUACCGUAGUACUCCCUCCGGCCCUUUUUGUUUGCUCUAUUUGACUUUUCAUGGUCUUAAAGACGCGACUUAAAACGUAAAUAUGUCUAAUUAUACACACGUAAAAGUUCUAAAAAUUUGAUAUUCAAAAAAUAUACAUUAAAUAGAAUCUAACAAAACCCCAUAUGACUAUAAUGAGAAUUCAUGGUCAAACUUUAUAAACCAAAAAAAUGCAACGAAGCGAAGAUUAAGAGACGGUAGGAGUUUUAAACAUUAACAAAAUCGAUCAACGCGUGAUUUUGACAUACGUUCUUAAAUUAUUUCCAAUUUAGGAAAUAUAUAGGCUUAUUACAACCCAUGAACUACAUAUAUCAUUGGGUUCAUUACCUUUAUUAGUAAUAUAAAUUGCUGCAUUUUAUACCUUCCAGCUAAUAUAAUAAUUAAUUAAGACAUAGCCUUGCAUUAACAAUGGCAAUGGCGUAAUGUUGCAUUAGUAAGUGGGGUUUGUGCACAUGGCAAGGGUCCAAAAUUAAGGUAGAUAUUAUAAUUACCUAAUUAAUGGAUGCUUGGUUAUCAGGAAUGGGGAAUCUCUUGAACCAACUUCCACUAAUUACAACUUAAUCUAGUUUAAUUAGCAUCAAACUGUGAUAAUGUUUUAUAGAUAAGAGGCCUUACAAAGUUAGAACUCCAGGAUACUUCAAAGGUUAAUUAUACCAUAGUAUCCCUUGUCAAUUUGUCAUCAACGCAUGGGAUCAAACGUUAUAUAAUACUUGUUCAUUAUUUAGUAAGAGUGUGAGAUUAUUCUUUUAUUUAUUAACAUACGCAUGGAUGUCAAUUAUCUUAGUCAAUUGAAAUAGAUAAGUAAGUGAUGUGUAAUGCUCCGUACUUGAAAUCUAAUCUUGUGUGCAUCAUUUAUGCACCGGCUUUCUCUACACCAAAAAAACUAACCUAUAUGGAGUACGGAGUAUGUGUCAAACGUUAAUAAAAUAAAUAUUUUUUUUCAAAGACACUCUUCUAUUAUCAUGUAAGUUGUUUGAUGCAACAUUCUUAAUCACAAUUUUAACAACCCAUGAUUAGUGUUAAUUACUAGGUCAUAGUCAUAAUGACAAUCAAACAAAUAAAGUUGAGUUGGAGGCUUCCAGAUUGUGGCCUAAAUUGUAGGAAGAUCAGCACUCUAUUUUAAUCUUAGUCAUAAUUUAAUAACCCAUGAUUAGUGUUAAUUACUGUAUAAACUAUUGACCAAAUAUCUAUCCCCAUAUUCCCACUUUAUCCUUUUAAAGUGGCCAAGCAUGCAACUCCAUUUUUUCCAUUUUCAUUACCUGUUAAUGACUUUGACUCCAAAUCAAUUUUAUUUAUUUAUUUUCAACCAAAAAAAGAAAAAUUACAGUACAGAAAAAAAAAUCUAAAAAAUUUAGCACCACUAUACUAAUAGGCUAAUAAUAACCCACCCAAUAAUCAACACAUGACGAUUGCAUUACCUCAAAUCAAAGUCAUCAUUAUCUAGUAUAAAUACUGCCUUAUUCAUAAACAAUUUCAAUCAUCAAUUUCCCCUCAAAAUUAAACAAGACUUUAAAAAUGAAAAUUAUGGGGUUUUUUAGCAAUACUAUUCCCUUAACAUUGCUCCUAAUUUUCUCACUUUGCUCUUCUGUAGCAUACUCAAAUGAUUUACAAUCUAAUUUUCUUCAUUGUCUUUCAAAGAACAUUAGUCCACCAAAUCCAUUUCCAACAUCAUGUUACACUCCUAGCAAUAAUUCCUUCUCUGCUAUCCUGAAUUCGACCGCGAAUAACUUAAGGUUUUUGUUACCUUCAGUUGAAAAACCACAACUAAUCUACAUGCCCUUGGAUGAAUCCCAUGUACAAGCUGCUGUUGUUUGUGCUAGAAAGGUUGGGAUUCAGCUGAGGGUGCGUAGCGGAGGUCAUGAUUACGAGGGUGUCUCGUAUGCUUCUGAGAUGGGUGAUCCCUUCGUUGUGAUUGAUAUGUCGAAACUGCGGUCUGUUAUUGUUGAUAUCGACGAUAACAGCGCGUGGGCUGAGGCUGGGGCAACAACUGGGGAGCUCUAUUACAGGAUAUCUGAGCAGAGCAAGGUGCAUGGAUUUCCUGCAGGACUGUGCACCAGUUUGGGUAUAGGAGGCCAUAUUACUGGUGGUGCUUAUGGUUCUAUGAUGCGAAAGUAUGGUCUAGGAGUUGAUAAUGUGAUCGAUGUUCGGUUGGUGGACCCCAAUGGAAAGAUUCUCGACCGAGCAUCGAUGGGGGAGGAUCUGUUUUGGGCUGUCAGAGGUGGUGCUGGUGGUAGUUUUGGGGUAAUUCUUGCAUGGAAGGUUAAACUUGUUCCUGUUCCUGAAACUGUAACAACUUUUACAGUAAUCAAAACAUUAGACCAAGGGUUGACUAAGCUCUUGUAUAAAUGGCAGCAAGUAGCUGAUAAACUCGAUGAAAAUCUUUUCAUCAGAGUAGAAAUCAUGCCUAGUACAAUCCCAAACACCACUGAGAAAACUGUUCAAGCCUUGUUCAACGCGCUCUACUUAGGUAACGCGAAUCAAUUGCUUAGAACCAUGGCCCGAAGUCUCCCUGAAUUAGGGUUGACUAAUAAAGACUGCAACGAAAUGAGUUGGGUUGAGUCAGUUGUCUAUAUUGGAGGGUACCCUACUGGGACUAGCACUGAUGUUUUACUCCAAGGGAAGCCCUUGUUUAGGAACUACUUUAAGGCUAAGUCAGAUUUCGUUAGGGAACCAAUCUCUGAAGCCGGGCUUGAAGGACUAUGGAAGAAGUUGAUGGAGUCAGAAAGUUACAUCAUGAUAUGGAACCCGUAUGGUGGGAUGAUGAGUAGGGUAGCGGAGUCUGAAACCCCGUUCCCUCAUAGGAAGGGGACUAUCUACAUGAUCCAAUACGUGGCAACAUGGCAAGAUGGUCAAGCUGGUGAGAGUUCAAACAUGGCUUGGAUUAGGGACUUGUAUCAGUAUAUGGAGCCUUUUGUGUCUAAGAAUCCUAGGGAAGCUUAUAUUAAUUAUAGGGAUCUUGAUUUAGGGAUGAAUAAGGAUGGUAAUACUAAUGUCAAUGAGGCUCGUACAUGGGGUUUGAAGUAUUUCAAGAAUAACUUCGAUAGGUUGGUGGAAAUUAAGACCAAAUUCGACCCAGAGAACUUUUUCAGGCACGAGCAGAGUAUUCCUCCACUUUCGACACACAAUAGGAAGAUGAAGAAGGAACAAAGAUUUCACUAUCAUAAGCUUGGGAAGCACCACAAGAGAAACAAGUAUUAGUUAGCGUAAACUAAGUGGUACAACCAUGGCCUUGAACCAUUAUAGUAACUAAUUUAUCGUUUUUGAUAUAGGGAACAAGUUUAAAUACUUGUGUAUUUCUAAUAACAGAAAAGAAGUGGUAGUUGUUUGGGUUCGGGACUAGUCAUUAGUCAUGUGUGCAUAAGCCACGUGCUUUCGAGGGCUUCCGAUUUUUUGUGUUUUGUGUUAUGUUUGCUAAUGAAUACAAGUUUUUGUGUCGA